AUGAAGGAUCAAAAUAUAGAGAAUUUUGAACAAGUUAUUGAUAUUAAUGAAUUUAUUCAAAUCAACCCAAAAGAAAUUACAACACAUAUUGUUAAUAAUAUCCUGGAAAUUACAAGCUUUAAAUUCAAAGGCUGGUUAAUGCUUACUAUAGAUACAAAUAAAAAUCAAGCAACAGUUGAGUUAAUUCAUGAUUAUUAUCCCGGAUAUAUUGAUGUUUGUAUUACAGAUAAAAUAAAAGAAUAUAUUAAAAAUAAUAUUCAACAAACACCACGAAUUUUAUGGGAAAGCAUUUGUACAAAAAAUUUAAACAUUACCAAGAAGCAGAUAUACCGGUUGUAG